GUCACAACCCAGUUUUGCGUUUUCUCGUGGAUGGCCGGCGUUGGUGCGGCCCCCGCAUGGCCGGCGCAUGGCCGCACCCGGCGCCUCCGGGUCAGCCGGAGCUGGGAACGCCAACGCCGACGGAGCCUCCGAAACAUGGGAGCUGGUGAGCAAAGCCACAGAUGAAGAGCUGAAGAGAAGGAGGAGUCCCAUCCUCUUCGCAGCAUGCACUGGGGAUUUCAUUCUCACUGGUUCUUGCCGACCAAUGGUUCAGCUCUGGCGCUUGGGAGAGGGAGAGAUAACACACCAUGGAACGCUGAAGUCGAUUGCUGCUCCCACCUGCAUCGAGUGUGCACAGGAUCAAAAUCAGGUGGCCAUUUCUGCGCAGAAUGGCCAAAUUCUGCUCUUUGAUCUGCGGGAACAGCAACGAGCUGCGACUAUCCUACCGUCUACCAUGGCUCAAGCGACCACUGUCUGUUUUGUGGGCGAUAGUCAUCGCUUGGCUACGGGUGGCUGCUCUGGGAAGCUCUGUCUCUGGGACCUGCGACGGCCGCACACGGUGGAAGUUGAAAUUCCUCCCUAUCUCGAUCUAAAUGGUGCCGCCAAAGAAGAGAAUGGCGAGGUGGGGCGUCCAUCGAAUCCAUCGAAUCCGUCGAAGCGGCGCCGCGAGGGCAGCACCGAGCCCCCGGAGACGCCGGAGGUCAGCCAUCGGAUCAGCAGUUUGUGCGCCAGCCACGAUGGGCAGCUCAUAGCCUGUGGACGUGACUCAGGCUACGUAGCACUCUUACGGCUACAAACGCUGCAAUGGGUGACCGGAGAUGUUGAGGCUCAUAUGAAAGGAGGUACAGUGAGAUCACUGUCCUUUGAUCAGAGAUCAAGAUUUCUCCUUUCUGGAGGUGAUGAUUCCAAUGUGUGUUUGAUGGAUGCGGGGCACUGGUCGUCUCAAGGUCGCAAGCCCUGCGUCGAGCGGUUCCUCGCACACCGCAAGAGGGUCACCUCACUGAAAGUUUCUCCGGAUCUUCGGGAACAACUCGCGGUAUCCACCAGCUGGGACGGUUUGGUCAAGCUUUGGGACUAUCGCACUCAACGGCUGCUGUGUUCCUUUGAUGAGCACGUCCCUUCCCCGGUGACAGCGCUGGCCUUCGCCCCCGUGGACGGUCGAUUUUUCGUAACCACCGGUGGGGACGCGAAGCUGGCCCUCUUCGCCCGGCGGUAGCAUACCGAUACUCCCAGUAGUUGCUGAGCCUGGAUCGGCUGCGAAGUGAUGCAAUUAGUAACGCAACAC